AUGGAAGGAACUACUACAUCAUCAACUGCUUCAUCUUCAGGCGACCAACAAGGACAACAACGUGGUCAAAAGAAGUACAACAACAACAACAGUGGUCAAAAGAACUACAACAACAAGGGUCAAGGAAACAACCAACAAGGUGGACAAGGCCAAGGACAACGUAGUGGAGGUAAAAACUACAACAACAAGGGUCAACAACAACAAGGUGAAGGACAACAAGGACAACAACAACAAGGUGGUGGUGGUGGUAAGCACAGCCGUAAGCCACCCUCGAAUGUCGAGUCAUUCCCAAUCAACUUGACUCCACAACAACAAAUGCAGCUCCACCAACACCAACAAUUUGAAGCUCAACAAAAGCUCGGAGGUACCAACUUCCAAGCCAACUUUUUGCCACCAGCUACCGCCCUCUACACACCAGUCAUCAACUACAUGAUCAACUUCCUCAACAACUUCAAGUCACAAUCGCAUCAAGAUAUCUUGCUCUCAUACGACAACUUUUUCCGUUCAUGUGAGCUCUACUAUCCAAACUGUGCCCUUCCAACUGUCGAUGUCUUUGUUGCUUUGUUGGGUGACAAGAUUGAUGAAAAUAAUUUCACUGAUAAAUUCUUUAUCUUGUUGUACAAGGAAAUCUACUACCGUUACUACUAUGCUCGUGUAUCUCAACCAAAUAUCCAUGUUUGUGUUGAAUCAUGGCAAAACUAUGCCCUCAUCUUCAACACCCUUUUGGAUGCUCAAUCACCAGCCGAAGUUGAAAUAGAUCUUCCAAAUGCCUGGGUAUGGGAUAUUGUCGAUGAGUUUGUAUACCAAUAUCACACAUUUGCAAAGGCCAAGCUUAAAAAGGCCGACGUUGAAUUCCUCGCCGAAAAUCCAGACAUCUGGGAUACCACCUCUGUCAUUCAAUACCUUUAUUUGCUCAUUAGAAAAUCACAAAUCUUUGACAGUAACUCUGUUGGAAAUGAAAAUUCAAUGGAUGAUUUCUGUUCACAUCCAGUUUAUAAAAUGUUGGGUUACUAUAGUAUUAUCUGUUUAGUUCGUGUUCAAUGUUUAUUGGGAGAUUAUACACUUGCUCUCAAGACUUUGGAACUCAUUGAUAUGGGUAAAAGAGCAAUGUAUACAUUUGUUACAGCUUGUCAUAUCACACUUUAUUAUUAUUUAGGAUUUGCUUAUUUGAUGUCCCGUCGUUAUAAUGAAGCCAACAAGGCACUCAACACCAUUCUCAUCUCGGUGUCGUCCAAGUCGCGUAUCCAAAACUUCCAAAGCGACCACAACCAAAAGAAGAUUGACAAGAUGUACGCCUUGCUCGCUAUCUGCCAAUCGUUGAGUCCAAGCAAGAUUGACGACAAUGUCAGCAGCCACCUCAAGGAGAAGUUUGGCGAGAAGCUUUUGCGUAUGCAAAAGGGAGAGAUCAGCGUCUACGAAGAGCUCUUCUCGUUUGCCUCACCACGUUGUGUCGGUCCAGUCUCACCGUACAUUUCCGGUCUCAACCAAACCGUCUUUGACCCAUCCCGUCUCCAACAAGCCCUCUUUAUCGAGGAGGUCCAACAACAAUCGUUGCUCACCACCAUCCGUUCCUACAUCACCCUCUACAGCUCCAUCUCGAUUGCCAAGCUCGCCAGUCUCCUCCAAAUGGACGCCACCGAGCUCCGUAUCAAGCUCACCUGCUACAAACAUAAAUUGGUCAACGUUUUGGGCAAGGGCGACCACAACAAAUGGACCAAUCACAACGAUAUCGACUUUAUCAUCGAUCAAGAUAUGAUCCACAUUGACAACCGUAUUCACGCCAAGGAAACCGACUCUUUCAUCAAUUCUGUUCUCAAAUUCGAAGGUGCCUUAAAAACUAUUUAUUUCUAA